CUUCUUCUUCCUCGCUCUCACACUCCUCCGACGAAACAACAAGCUUCUUCGUUCUUCUUCUUCCUCGGCUUUGGUUUCGUUUCUGAAAAGGAUUUGAAAUGAGUUCAGAAGUAGUGGAAGAUGAGAUUAGUUCGUUUUUCGAAUCAUCUCCACCUCUGAAGAACAUGGAUGGGAUCAUAAAGAAGCUUAAUCGAUUCAUUAAGUUGAACUCUUCGUCGCGAGGCGAGAAUCAUCAAUCAGAUUGGAGGGAGGAGGAUCGUGUGUGUGUGACUUCAGGGGGAACUACGGUUCCGUUAGAGCAACGAUGUGUAAGGUAUAUUGAUAACUUCAGCUCCGGAAACAGAGGUGCUGCUUCUACUGAAAAUUUUGUAAAGGCUGGAUAUGCAGUAAUCUUUCUGUAUAGGAGGGGAACUUGCCAACCGUAUUGCAGGUCUCUUCCUGAUGAUCCAUUUCUUGAAUGUUUUGAGUUUCGUGAUAAGAGAAACAUUCAAGUUCAUGCAUCACAUUUGGAAGCUGUGAAACUAGCUGUUAUGGACCACCAAGCUGCAGUAGCAGAUGGUCGGUUACUAAAACUCCCAUUCUCAACCAUAUAUGAGUAUCUUCAGAUGUUGCGGUUGAUUGCAACGGCAUUGAAAGAUGUAGGUUCAUGUUCAAUGUUUUAUCUUGCUGCUGCUGUAUCUGACUUUUAUGUGCCAUGGGAGAGCAUGACAGAGCACAAAAUAGAAUCAGGAUCUGGUCCUUUAGACAUAAGACUAGCUCAAGUCCCUAAAAUGCUUUCAAUUUUGAGAUCAAAUUGGGCUCCGAAUGCUUUCUGCAUAUCAUUCAAGCUUGAGACAGAUUCAAAGAUUCUGAUAGAGAAGGCUACAAAGGCUCUACAAAAAUACAAAGUGCACGCUGUUGUAGCCAGUGAGCUAUCAACACGCAAGGAAGAGGUUGUGGUUGUUUCAAGCAGUGGUAAUGUUGUGGUUAGACGCGAUUGCGAUAAGCCUGAUGAGUCUAUCGUUGAAUAUAAUCUCAUUCGUCUCAUCGUAGAUCGACAUUCUACAUACAUCAAAGAAUCUCACAGUUGAUUCCUCAAAUGCUUCUAAGUCAAUUAAAGUUUUACUCUUUCCUUAACACAAAACGUAUACUGUAGUUGAUCUAUUUUUAUUUAACAGUAUUGACUACGACAAAUUAAUUAAUAAUCACCGAAAGAACUUCGUAAACGAAAAAAGAACGCGUAAGUGACAAGAAAUCCAAUGUCUAUAUAUUCAUAUAUGACUUUUGGCAAGAUAAAAGAAAUCCAUAAGAUUACACACUUGACUUUACAAUUUACACACAAUUAACAAACCCACCAUAAACAAAUUGUACAUACAUGAUCGAUCCACCGUAAAUUCAAAAAAAAAA